AUGGCAAUAGCUUGGAGGCUUCUCACGUGGACUGUCAUCCUCACUGCAGCCGUGUGCACCUUUCCUGGUUACACCUUCCAGUCACAAGAGGAGUUCCUCUCCAGCCUGGAUCACUAUGAAAUUGCAUUCCCCAUCCAAGUGGACCAGAACGGGGACUUCCUCACCUUUGACAUGAGACGCCAGCUGAAGCCCCGGCCCCGGCGCAGUCUGGGCUCCUUGGCCUACGAGCCAUCCGAGCAGCAAGUUUUCUACAAGGUCUCUGCCCACCGAACCCAGUUCCUCCUCAACCUGACCCUGCACUCCAACCUGCUGGCUGAGCACUUCACUGUGGAAUACUGGAAGCGAGAUGGCAUGGACUGGCAGCAUGACUUCCACGAGGACUGUCACUAUGCUGGCCACCUCCAGGAUCAAUACCUGAACUCCAAGGUGGCCAUCAGCAACUGCAAUGGACUGCACGGGGUGAUCGUCGCAGAUGAGGAGGAAUAUUUCAUUGAGCCUCUGAGCCCUGGAGCCAACGUCAGCACAGGGAGUGAGGGCAAGGGCAGCCCCCACGUCGUGUACAAGCGCUCAUCUCUCCAGUACCCACACAUGGAUGCAGCCUGUGGAGUGCUAGAUGAGAAACCCUGGAAGGGGAGGCACUGGUGGCUGCGGACACUGAAGCCCUCUCCUCUGAAACCAUCAGGCAACCACAGCCAGCGAGGGCAGCUGCCCCUGAAGAGAUCUGUCAGCACUGAGCGCUACGUGGAGACCCUGGUGGUGGCUGACAAGAUGAUGGUGGGGUACCAUGGGAGGAGGGACAUAGAGCAGUACAUCCUGGCCAUCAUGAAUAUUGUUGCCAAACUUUUCCAGGACUCAAGUCUGGGCAAUAUUGUCAAUAUCCUGGUGACACGGCUGAUUCUUCUCACCGAGGAUCAGCCCACACUAGAGAUUAACCACCACGCUGGGAAAUCCCUGGACAGCUUCUGCAAGUGGCAGAAAUCCAUUGUGAACAGGAAUGGCAACGGAAAUGCUAUCCCUGAGAAUGGCAUAGCCAACCAUGAUACUGCAGUGCUGAUCACCAGGUAUGACAUUUGCAUCUACAAGAACAAACCAUGUGGCACCCUGGGCCUGGCCCCUGUUGGUGGGAUGUGCGAGCGAGAGCGAAGCUGCAGCAUCAACGAGGACAUUGGCCUGGCCACUGCCUUCACCAUUGCCCAUGAGAUUGGCCACACGUUUGGCAUGAAUCAUGAUGGGGUUGGCAACAGCUGUGGCUCCCGUGGGCAAGAGACAGCCAAGCUCAUGGCUGCUCACAUCACCAUGAAGACCAACCCAUUUGUGUGGUCCACGUGCAGCAGGGAUUACAUCACCAGCUUCCUGGACUCUGGGAUGGGAAUAUGCCUGAACAAUGCUCCUCCCAAGCAAGACUUCAUCUACCCAACAGUGGCUCCAGGCCAGGCCUACGAUGCAGACGAGCAGUGCCGUUUCCAGUACGGAGUUAAAUCUCGCCAGUGUAAAUACGGGGAAGUCUGCAGUGAGUUAUGGUGUCUGAGUAAAAGCAACCGCUGCAUAACCAACAGCAUCCCUGCUGCUGAGGGGACCAUCUGCCAAACCAACACCAUUGAAAAGGGGUGGUGCUACAAGAGGGAGUGUGUGCCUUUUGGCACCCGACCACAGGGUGUGGAUGGAGCCUGGGGAUCCUGGUCAUCCUGGGGAGAGUGCAGCAGGACAUGUGGUGGUGGAGUGUCGUCAUCCGUGCGCCACUGCGACAGCCCACGGCCCACGAUUGGAGGGAAGUACUGCCUGGGGGAGAGGAAGAGGUACCGGUCCUGCAACACUGAUGACUGUCCACCUGGCUCCCAGGACUUCCGAGAGCUGCAGUGUGCCGAGUUCGACAACGUCCCUUUCCGAGGGAAGUACUACACCUGGAAGACAUACCGUGGAGGGGGUGUGAAAGCCUGUUCCCUCAACUGCCUGGCUGAGGGUUUCAACUUCUACACAGAACGAGCCGCGGCCGUGGUGGACGGGACGCCGUGCCGACAGGACUCCAACGACAUCUGCGUCAACGGCGAGUGCAAGCAUGUGGGCUGUGACCGUGUCCUGGGCUCUGACUCAAAGGAAGACAAGUGCCGUGUGUGUGGGGGAGAUGGAAGCUCCUGUGAGACCAUCGAGGGUGUCUUCAACCAGUCCCUGCCAGAGGGAGGUUAUGAGGAGGUGAUCCAGAUUCCCAAGGGCUCUGUCCACAUUGACAUCCGGGAGCUGAACCUCUCCAUCAACUACCUAG